GUUGCAGGUCGGCGGAUGACUUGUUGAUGAACACCAUCUGCGGGACUCCCGAGUACAUCGCCCCGGAGAUGGUGGCCAGGCAACGCUACACCAACGCCGUGGACCUGUGGGCGGUGGGCGUGAUCACCUACAUCCUCCUGCGGGGCGACUUCCCCUUCUUUGACGCCGACAGGAUCCGCCUCUAUAAGAAGAUCCUGAAGGGGAACUACAAUCUGUCGGAUGAGGUGUGGCAAGAGGUGAGUGAGAGUGGACGUGACUUCGUAAGGGGCGUGCUUGAGGUGGAUCCUCAGGCGAGACUAACUGCAGUGGAAGCUCUGCGUCACCAGUGGAUCUUAGCCAACCACUCUCCGAAGACGAGACAGGCAUCAUCUCCCGGAGGGUCAUGGGGCAGGCGUUCCUCAUCACGUUCAUCACAUUCAUCUCGUUCAGCAAGAUCAGCGACUUCUCUGCGCACAGAUCGAAGACGUGUCAAACCUCAGGAAUUAGAGAGGCUCAACCAGACUGGAAAUUCAUCAAUAACACAUCCCACACAUCGUGCUGUCUAUAUGUCCUGAGAGAAAGUGUUAUAUUCUAAAAAAAUUAGGUAAAUUUCACAAUAUAUUUAUAACUGUCAGAGGAAAUUAUCUUUUUGUGAACUGCAGUUCAAUUGUACUAAGUAACAAGUGAUUUAUAUGAAGACAUUGGUUUUUAUAUGAUAUGCAUUUAGAGCUAACAGUAUUUGAUUAGUGUUUUGUUUGUUGCCCUAUACUCUCUACAUACAUAUACAUCCAUAACUAUUUUGAUGGUGAAGAUCUCUUAGUUGGUGCAGUUAUAAUAUUGUCCUGUAGUACAAAUUACAUCUCUGAGAUUGAGUUCCAGUGCUGAAGAUGCAACAGAAACUCUUACAGAAUAUGAAUUCAAAUACUGUAAAGAAAGUUCUUGUAUUAAUAACUGUAGAACUGAUUGUGUUUGCUCUGAUUGUACAAUGCAGAAUUUAUUGAAUUUCUCAUAUUUAGUGUUGGUAUUUGUGGAAUUAUUACUCAGAUAUUAUCAAAGCUCAAAACUAUUACUGAGGCAUUUUGUUUACUUAAAGUCUGCUCCUGAUGCAUUUAGUACUUAGUGUUGUGGUUGGCUUGAACAGUAUUCCCAGCAUUAUAUCUGGAUUUUUGUUAAAUGUAUUGAGAAGUGUUGGCAUAGAUGUCUCUGCAUGUGUGUUUGUCUGUGUGUGGAUGUGUGUAUAUAGCUAGUAUGGAUUUAGAGAAGGAAUAUUUUUUUUAAAAGAAUAUAUUGAUAGGUUAAAGGUUAUAGUGCUAUAUAUAGGAUUUGUUUUGAAUAUUUUGUACAUAUUUGUAAAGAAGUGAAUACUUUUGAAGGAAUUAUCAAUUUUACAAAUAGCAUAAAUGGAAUUCACAAGAGAAAAAGAGGAUCAAAUACUAUAUGUGCAUCUCUAGUAAGAGGAGAAGGAUGUGAUUCCAUUUUGGAGAACAUUUGUGAUAGUUCAAGAAGUUCUUUUAAGAAACUAAACAAGUCUAUUGUAGUAUUCCUCCUUUUUUUGAAACUGAAUUUGUGUAGCAGAUGGUUCCAUAUUUUCUUACUCUUCUUUGGCUGUCAAUGAUUAUUUCUCCUUAAAAUGGUUAAAGUGCUGAAAAUUAAGCCUGAGCCAACGUAUUUUAUUGUAUUCGCAGUAUUGCUAUAAAUGAUAGUUACCUUAAGCAAGAAACUCUAUGGAACUAAGUUAUCUGAAGUUUAUUAAAAUGAAGAAACACAUAUAUUUAUAAUUUUGCAGAAAUUACAAAUAUAGCAUUUAUACUAACUGUGACAUACUGUAUUCAGCCAUGGGUAAAAGUUCAUGCUUAAAAAGGCUCAAGUAAGUUGAUGAGAUUAAUGUUUGUCUAAAACUGAAGUUGGUGAUUUUAACCUUUAGCUAAAGAUGUAUAUAUGUUUAAUUUUCCAUAAAACUGCUGAAUUUUGUUCUUUUGCUGAUCAUAUUUUUAGUUUUGAUACCAUGACUAUCAUCUUGAUUUGAAGAGGGAAAAAUAUGGAGUGGUUUCUAAAUACAAUUUAUAUGAAUACUGGAAUAAAGUUUUAUUAUUAUUGUUUAUAAUUUGUGGCUCAGUAGAAAUGUCUACUCUAUUUUUGGGGUAAAGAGUCCUUACUGUGGAGGUCUUUGAAACCAUGUCAUUUUAUUUUUCAAAAAGAUAUCCAGUGAAUUUGAUAAAACAACUGAAAUAAAUGUGUGGAUCCCCUCCAUCUCAGGCAUUAUUCUUUGGCAUUGAAAUGUACAUUUUAAUAUAGGAUUGUUGUCAGAAAUCUGUAUAUAUUCUCUUACUUUUCUUGUGAAUAUUCCUUAAUGUUAUGUUGUUAUAUUCCAUGUUACUCCUUAAUGUCAUAAUUUCUCCCAUAGAAUAGCACUUUCUGUAAUGCUCAUUGAAUGGUGGUUUGAUUUUGUGACUUGUUUUAAGGACUCGUUUUAAAAUCUGGACCAUAUUUUCAAGUCGGUGAAUGGAAUUCGCAUGACGUUUAUAUUGCUAGUUUGAGUCUCCAAAAGAAGUAAUUAAUAUAUUAAUAAUUACUUUCAUUGGAUUACUGGGCGGGUGACUGAUUAUGAUCAUCUUAAUAUAUACUCUCUGAUAUUCAGUAAAAUAGAUCAUACUCGUUGAAGCUGACGUAAACAGUUUGAGAUUAAUAGACUAAAUUCAUUUUUAUGACCUCAUAAUAUUUAUUCACUGUAUCUCAGAUAGCAAUUAUAAGCUGAACACAAAAUGGGUUUGGUGACUGUGCAUGAAUUACAUAACUAUAUUUGGAAAGCUACAAAAAGAUUAGAUUAUUUUUAGUCUUUUCUAGUUCCCCCUUUCUUAAUAACAGAUGUAUAUGUAUAUAUAAAUAUACAUUUCUAUUUUAUUUGUAGAGAAUAUAUUGAAAUACCUUUUUGAAAUUGGUAUAAUUUAUUCUUAACAUAUAGCAAAAUAAGUUUAUUUUGUAUUUAUUACUGAUCUAUAGUGAUAUUCUUUUCAGUUUGUUUUAAGGAUAUGUUUCUUCAUAGAUAAUUGAUAGGCCUGAAAUUGAAUAAAAAGAUUUCCAAAGAUUUUUGGUAUAAUUGGAAAAUACCAUAACGGCUUGUAGUAAUUCAUUGCCCGGCUGUGCCAGGUUCAGAAUAUAGCAUUUUUAUUUUGCGUUAGGUAUGGAUUAUUUUAAGAGUAUUUUAUUUUAUGAUAUUAGAAGAACUUAAUAAGUCAUGUGUAGUACAAUAUUUAUCGUCUCUACUUUUAUUUAGUUCAAGAUAUGAUUGCUUGAAUUUUGAAGGAGAUAUGCAUCAUUAUUUUACAAAUGCUAUUCACUAAAUAUUUAUUUUUUGUGAACCUAAACAUUUGGAAAUAAAACGUGAAUAAUAA